AUGGCAGCCCCCAUGACCAUGGCAACCAGCCUCCUGCUCAUGGCCCUGUGCACCUACUGCAUUGUCCCUGCAGGCUCCAUGAUCAUCCCCUCUUCCUGCUGCAUAUCCUUCAUUUCCAAGAAAAUUCCUGAGAGACAAGUGAUAAACUACCAGCUGUCCAACAGCAGUGUCUGCCCCAAGGCAGGAGUGAUCUUCACCACCAGGAAGGGCCAGAGGUUCUGUGGCAACCCCAAGUUGCUGUGAGUCCAGAGGUACAUGAAGAACUUGGAUACCAAGCAGAAGAAAGGCUCCACUAGCACCAGAGUGAUGGGUGCCAAAGUCGCUGCCCAGAGGCACCCUGCCAACAGCACCUUCAUCUAA